UUGUCCUAAGCUAGGAGCUGUUAAUUGCUCGUCCAGGACGACGAUUCAUGUUAUGUAUUACAUAUGGAUAGAGGCACAUGUGCUGCUAGACCCAUGAUCUGUGGGGAAUUCAUUUGCAAGUCCACACUAUGGUACUCUACAGAUCAUCGCUUCAUGGCUAUCGGCUUUUGCACCAGAUAGGCACUCUAUAUACCGGCGCUCUGACUGUUUAGCAUUCAAUUCGACCGCUGGUACGUCCCCAUCGCUGCCGAAGCCCAAUUGAAAAUGGGCAAAAAAGACAAAAAGUCCAAAACAGCCGAGAAGAAAGUUCGAGUGGCGCAAAAGCAGGAAAAGAAGGCCUCUCAAAAGCAGAAGAAGGCAAAAUCAAAGGGAAAGGAUCAAGAUAGCGAUGUAGAAGAUGUUGAUCUCGACGCUGUCCUUGCCGAAUAUGCAAAUCAGCAAGAACAAUUCCUCAAAAUUACGGAAUCAGUUUGUGAUCCCCCUCCACCAAGAUCUUCCGCUACGAUCAUAGGGUCACCAUCGAACUCCAAUGAACUAUUUCUCUACGGAGGGGAGUACUUCAAUGGUGCUUUGGCCAAGUUCUACAACGACCUUUACAUCUACAACAUCAAGCAGGACAAAUGGAGUAUUGUGACCAGUCCCAAUUCUCCGCUACCUCGUAGCGGCCAUGCUUGGUGUCGGGGAGGCAAUGCUGGCGGAAUUUAUCUGUUUGGUGGAGAGUUUUCAUCGCCCAAGCAAGGAACUUUCUACCAUUACAACGACUUCUGGCACCUGGAUCCCACAACAAGAGAGUGGACGAAGUUGGAGAGUAAGGGAAAAGGACCUCCCGCACGAAGUGGUCAUCGAAUGACUUACUUCAAGCAAUACAUUUUGCUGUUUGGUGGCUUUCAAGAUACAUCCCAAACGACAAAGUAUCUUCAAGAUUUGUGGGUGUAUGAUUGCCAGACAUUCACAUGGUACACCCCAACUCUGCCCCCUUCUUCUGGCAAACCCGAUGCUCGAUCCUCUUUCUCACUUCUUCCCCAUGACGGUGGCGCUGCGCUGUACGGAGGAUACUCCCGGGUGAAGGCAUCCGUGUCUGGUAAACAAGGCAAGGGUGGGAACUCUUCUCGUGUCAUCUUGAAACCAAUGGUUCAUCAAGACACAUGGUUUCUUCGUAUUGUUCCUCCAGGGAGCGAGUCUGCCCAGACACCGCCAGGGGUGAGAUGGGAACGACGCAAGAGACCAGCAAAUGCACCGAAUCCACCUAGAGCUGGUGCUACUAUGGCAUACCACAAAGGAAGAGGAGUUCAGUUUGGUGGCGUGUUCGAUGUGGAGGAAAGCGAAGAGGGAAUGGACAGUGAAUUUUUCAAUACCCUAUUUGCAUGGAAUAUUGAUCGGAAUCGAUAUUUCCCGCUUGCACUCCGCCGUCCCAGAUCUACCGGAAAGAAACCGCAAGAUCGGUCUAGACGGCAGAGAGGAAAGGCAGAUGAAGACGAAUUGUUACGGAACCUCGCUGCCUUGGAAACGAGUGGCAAGAUAUCUAGAGCUGAUCAAAUCGAGUCAAAGGUCGAUGAAUCAGAGCAGGAGGUGAAGGUGGAGCAUACAGUGAUAUACGAAAUGCCUCAUGGUCGAUUCAACGCUCAGUUGGCCGUGCAAGAUGAUGUGUUGUACAUCUUUGGUGGAACUUACGAGAAGGGCGAUCGUGAAUAUACAUUUGAUGAGCUUUGGGCUGUGGAUCUCGGGAAGUUGGAUGGAAUGAAGCAGGUCUUUAAGAGGGAGCUUGAAGAUUGGGAAGGAAGCGAUGCGGAAGAGAGUGAAGAAGAGGAGGAUGAAUACGAUGAGAGCGAGGACGAAGAUGAUACGGAGAGUCCUGCUGCGGCUGAAGAGUCUAAGGUGGAAACAGAACCGGCCAAAGAGGAAGCGGAUGAAGAGGCUACUGAUGAACAGCAAUCUUCUCUCAACGACACUCUUCCUCAUCCACGUCCAUUUGAAUCUCUUCGAGAUUUCUAUAAUCGGACUUCGGUGGAAUGGCAAGGAGUAUUGCUCCAAGAGGCGGGAGAUGGUUCUGGAAUUGAAAACAAGUCCGUCAAGCAAGUUAGAAAAGACGCCUUCAGUCUAGCGGAAGAGAAAUGGUGGGAUUGUCGUGAGGAGAUCCGUGUCCUGGAGGAUGAACAAACCGAAGCAGGCAUUGGAGAAGUUGUCAGUCUAGCGGAUAAAGGCACAGGAAUUGGUAAAAGGAGAUGAACUCUUUAGAUUCCGCUACCUGCAAGUAACUCUC